AUGGCAGGUCUGGUGAACAACCUGCUCGAGAAGUUGAAUCUCUCGGGCAGCCAGCAGGCUCCUGUGCAAGCUCCUAAUCAGGACGAUGUGACGAAACUCCGUGAGAAGUACCAGAAGGCUGGUCAGGAUCAUGUCUUCAAGUUCUACGACGAGCUUGACGUGGAAGGCAAGGCGAAGCUUUACGACCAGCUGGAAGGCUUUGACCCAAAUCGAAUCAAUGUGCUUGCCGACAAAGCAUUGCACCCCGCGGACGAGGACAACGACAAGACACCUAAUAUCGAGCCCCUGCCCGUCGAAGCAUCUGAAUCUUUGCUAGAGGCAGAGCCCACCAAGAUCGAAGAGUACUACACAUCGGGUCUUGCCCUGAUUGCAGAGAACAAAGUCGGGGUCGUUCUUAUGGCUGGUGGUCAAGGCACACGGCUAGGUAGUUCAGAUCCGAAAGGCUGCUUUGAUAUUGGCUUGCCCAGCCACAAGUCUCUCUUCCAAAUGCAGGGCGAACGCAUAGCCAAAGUCCAACAAUUGGCUCAGAAACAGUCUGGCAAGGACACCACUCCUACCGUACCCUGUGGCCCUACACGUGCGCCGACAGAAAAGUUCUUCAAAGAACACAACUACUUUGGUCUUUCCCAGGAGAACGUGCUUGUGUUUGAGCAAGGUGUUCUACCUUGCAUCUCUAACGAGGGCAAAAUCCUGAUGGAGAGCAAGGGCAAAGUCGCUGUUGCACCUGAUGGAAACGGUGGUAUCUACAAUGCGAUGAUCACCUCAGAAGUACGCUCAGACAUGCGGAAACGUGGCAUCGAGCACAUUCAUGCUUACUGUGUUGAUAAUUGCCUGGUCAAGGUUGCGGAUCCCGUGUUCCUUGGCUUCGCGGCAUCAAAAGAUGUGGACAUUGCCACCAAAGUUGUACGAAAGCGUGCAGCCAACGAGUCGGUCGGGCUUAUUGUGCAAAAAGACGGGAAGCCUGAUGUGGUCGAAUAUUCCGAGAUCAGUAAGGAGAUGGCGGAAGCUACAGACUCGCAAAAUCGGCUGAAGUUCAGGGCUGCCAAUAUCGUCAACCACUACUACUCGUUCAGAUUCUUAGAGACGAUCGAGGACUGGAUGAAUACCCUGCCUCACCAUGUGGCGAAGAAAAAGAUUCCAUACCUCGAUACGGAGACUGGCGAAAGCAAAAAGCCGGAGAAGGCAAACGGCAUCAAACUCGAGCAAUUUGUGUUCGAUGUUUUCCCCUUCCUCCCCAUGGAGAAAUUCGCUUGCCUUGAAGUCGAGCGGAAGAGCGAGUUUUCUCCACUGAAGAAUGCUCGAGGCACUGGUGAGGACGACCCAGACACAAGCAAGAAAGACAUCAUGACUCAGGGUGCAGAGUGGUUGCAAGCUGCAGGUGCCACUGUUGUUAGCCAAGGAGAAAACACUGGAGUUGAGGUAUCUCCUCUGGUCAGCUACGGUGGUGAGGGACUGCAGUAUCUCAAAGGCCGCAGCAUCAGUGCACCUGCCGUCAUCGAGAAGAGCAACGACUAG